CAAUAGGAAACGUGAAUGUGAGCGCGGAUAAACGGAAUUGUUGUGUGUCGGCCUCGGUGUUAUUGUGUUUGGUGACAGUAAUAAGAGUAAUUGUUUCAGGGUCGUUAAAUCCCCUCACAAUGAGCCUGUCUCUGAGAACGGAGCUCAUGGCAGACAAAACCAAGCGUAAGAAGAGGAGAGAGCUCACUGAGGAUCAGAAACAUGAAAUCAAGGAAGCAUUUGAGUUGUUUGACACAGACAAAGACAAAGAAAUUGACUACCACGAGCUGAAGGUGAGCACUGGAUGAUGAGAGGAAAACAAUGUUUCAGUAACUCUGAUGCAUGUUAUGUAUGGUUCUGCAGUGACUGAUCGCAUCCUAGAGCGAGAUCCGAAAGAGGAGAUCAUGAAAGCCUUUAAGCUGUUUGAUGAUGACGAAUCAGGAAAGAUCAGUUUGAGGAACCUGAGACGUGUGGCUCGGGAACUCGGGGAGAAUAUCAGCGAUGAAGAGCUCCGCAGCAUGAUCGAGGAGUUUGAUACUGACGGAGAUGGUGAAAUAAACCAGGAGGAGUUCCUUACAAUUAUGGGCGGGGAGUCCUGAUGAGGGAUUUCUCUGUUGCUGAGGACUUCUUGGUUGGAUUGGUCGUCCAAUUUGUGAGCAGUUAAGCGACUUGACUGUCAACAAGGACGCACAGCUUCCUCUGAAGCAUCGCAGGUGGACAGAAGUUAUUUCUUUGACCCUGAGGGUUGUACUUGAGUCAUUCCAUAAAAGUACUGAACUGUGUGACAGAUUUAAGGUCAGCCAAACUCAUUUCUUAUUGAAGGUGAAAGUUAAAGUAUCAAUAUCACGCUAGUCUUUAAAAUUAGCUAAUUGUUGUUGGGUUUUUUCCCCCAUGUCAUAACAUCUUUGUUAAAUAUUUAAUGUGUUUUUCAACCAUUUCACACCUUUCUGUAAUUAGAUCUUGUAAAAAGAUCUUUUCACUCUUUUAUAAACACAUUAAUUUACUGUUGGGGAAAAUAUAGACAAAUAGGAGUAAAUGUUGUUGCUUUUAUCAGAAGUGUCUGUAUAUUGUAAAGGACACAUAUUUCAUACAUGGCUAUUUUGAAUGGUUGUAUUUCCAGUUUACAUGUGCAUGUUCAAGUGUUCUAUUUAUUUUUGACACAAUAAACUGGUUUCCCAGCAA